ACCUGCUGUGAGGCUCCGGUACUGCGGGUGCUGGAGGCUUCGCUUGCACGGACAAUAAGCGCUCGCUCCACAUACUUUGGUCAAUGGAUUAUACGUUUUCCCUUCAAGUGCAACAUCAGCUGACGGUAUUUCCAAACCAUUUGUUCCAGGGUUACAGUUUGGAGUGGCAGAUGAAGUCUACAGACGAGGACCAGGGGCUGUUCACUGACAGCUACUGCAAGGUGUGCAGCGCCCAGCUCAUCUCCGAGUCCCAGAGGGUGGCCCACUAUGAGAGUCGGAAACAUGCAAACAAAGUGAGGCUGUAUUACAUGCUGCACCCGCUGGAUGGCGGAUGCCCUGCAAAGAAGCUGCGAACAGACAAUGGCAGUGAGGAGGGUGAUGUGGACAAGAAUAAGUGCUGCACGUUGUGCAACAUGUCUUUCACGUCUGCCGUGGUCGCACAGUCUCACUACCAGGGCAAGAUCCACGCCAAGAGGCUGAAACUGCUGCUUGGGCAGCAGCCUGCCGUCACAGCCCAAGAGGUGACACCCAGUCCAGUAAAGACGCCCCGUGACACUUCACUCGUGACCUCGCCCCGGCAGCAGAGGGACUCGGACCGUUACUGCCAGCUCUGCAACGCCUGGUUCAACAACCCCGGCAUGGCUCAGCAACACUAUGACGGCAAGAAGCACAAGAAGAAUGCUGCUCGCGCUGACCUUCUGGAACAGCUGGGAAAGACUCUGGAUUUUGGGGAAAUAAAAGGUCUGAAACGCAGCUAUACCUGUGACAUUUGUAGUGUCACGCUUAACUCCGUGGCACAGUAUCACGCACACCUGCAGGGAUCCAAGCACCAAAACAACUUAAAGAAUCAGUUGUGCAUCCAGUGAAUCUUUGCAAGAACCACAGAUUUGGAUUGAUGUCACACGACUUUUGGUUGGCUUGGCUUCUCAGCUUCUCUCUCUCUCUCUGUCUCGUCCCUUUUCUUUUCCUCCUCGCCGUUUGUGUUCAUUUUCAGCAUAGGAAGUUGCUGGAUGUUUUUAUUUUUCCCCUCCAGUGAAAUCUCACCUUUUGACACAGAGCAGACACUGAUGCCAAGAUUGCGAGAAUGUCAAGCCCUCAGACUCACUGGCUUAGCUGGAGACUUUGCAGUGGGUCCUUUAUACACCACUGCAGGAGUACAGUGAUGGAACUUUAUGCGGACAGUCUUAUCUAGCAGAAAGGUGUGUUGACAUUAUUAUCAUUGCUAUUCUUGUUAUUAGUGUUAGAAUGAUUAUUAUGUCUUUGACAGUAUAUGUUUUUGGUCUUUGAAACAUGAAGAACAGGUUAGCAAUAAUUAUUCAACAUCCGUAGUUUUUUGGAAAGUGUUUUUAAAGAGUGUAUUUAUGAACUGUUUAAAGUAAUUGAAAAAAUGUGUAACAUUCAGUUACUUAAUCCCCAAAAUUCUGUUGAAUUCUGUCUGUCAUGAAAGACUUGUGGAGAAGAAUAUUAUAUUUUGUCUUGCAAAAUGUUCUGUUCUGAUCAUUCUUUUGUAUCCUUAUUUUGCCCACAACAAUUUGUAGUAGAACUGAAGCAGAAAGUUCAAGAACAACUAUGCCAGUUUUACAGCAUUUUCUCUUGACAGUCCUCAGUUUCCUUAGCCAUGUGUUUGGAUGUGACAGUGGCGAUGACCUUGUAAUCUCAGGGAGUUGUCCAGGAUUUUUCUUGUGUUUAGUCACUUUACAGACCUUAGGUCUUUCCACGUCUGGUGAUACCAGAAUUAACUGCUGGAGCUGUCAUUUAAACCCCCAUGAAGUUGCAGAACAGAAUCAUAUGACAACAUACCAAAAGGUGGAGCCCUAAGAGAUACUUCAGCAGGGAAUUUUCAUAGAUAUUUACAGUUUUUUCUUGACUGCAGCGUUGAAGCAGGCAGAUAGACUUUUCAAAAUUGUUUUUGUUAGAUGCCUUUUAUGGUCUGUAUAGUGACUAAUGACCUUCUGUUGUCUCAUGCAGGGUUGAUGAAGGGCUCCCAUUUUUAACACAUCCCAUUUGAAAUGUUGCAGUAUUAUACUAAAGAAAUACAGAAGGUUCCUUGUUAAAUCUGCAGUAGCACAAUCCUAAGAAGAAUUGAGACAUAUAGUAUAACUGCCUUAUAUGCAUUGCUAAGCGAAAAUGUAAAACAUAUAACAUAUAAGCAACAAACACCAACCAGUGUGUUUCUGUUGAUCAAAAUCAAAGCUAUUUUAUUUUGAAUAGAGGGAGAGGGAGAUAAAUAUUACACAGUGGUUAUGGCUUAUGUUUCAAAGUAUGGAAUUCUUGUUUUAAAAAAUGAAAUGCAUUGUCAGGCAUUAGUCUUGCUUGCUACUAUAGAUCAUAUU